AAUAUAGAUAAAGUUUUACAAACAAUGUGCAACCAACGUUUGUAAUUUGUAGGCAAACUAUUUUUAAAUAAAACCUCAAAGUCAAUCAGUUCUUUGGAAAAUGUCGGUGUCGCUGUGAAAACAGACAAACAUUGGCCAGGCUGGGGAUGCAGCGCUGCAUCGUCUGGAUGUUGGCGCAUUUUCGGCUGAUAAGUGAACACACAUGGAGGACCGAGAAGCAGCGUUUUGCCAGCGGGGCGUCUUAUCUCAGAUUUGUGCUCUCCUGAGCUUGUAACAGCGUCGUUAAUGUGGUGUUAUCCUUUAUUGCAAGGUUUGCUAAAGCUAACCGGCUAACGUUAGCAAAACAGUCAGGUUAGCAGAGUUAACUCCACAGCAAAAAGAGGGGAGAGCACUGACAAUGAAUCCCAAUGGCUUCAACUUCUACAGCUGAAAUAAAAGCAACAUGGCGCAAAGGUGACACCUGCUUGGCUCCUCGCCCGAGAGAUGGCAUCUUGAGAGAAGCCACAAUCAAGAAGCUCAUCUCUGCCUCAAACAGUGAUGAUUCCACAGCAAUGGUGGUAUUCACUGAUCAACAGAUUAACAAAGAGGAUGAAGAGGAGGAAGAAGAGGCCAUACCUGUCUCAAAACUGCUGAGGAGUUUCAACACCCAGGAGAAACCUCUGUUUCCCAGCAGCCUCACACACCCUGGGACCUGUGUGCCCUUGGAGCUAUCGAUGACUGGUGUAGGCGGGGAAAAGGUCCCCUACACCAUCAACAGAUACCUGAGGGAUUACCAGAGGGAAGGCAUCAGAUUCAUUUAUUCCAACUACAUGCAUUCCAGAGGCUCUGUCCUGGGUGACGAUAUGGGCCUGGGGAAGACUGUGCAGGUUAUUGGCUUCCUUGCCGCUGUGCUUCACAAAACAGGCACGUGGGAGGACAUCGAGAACAAUAGGCCUCAAUUCGUGAUGAGUCAGAUGCCCUCCAAACAGACAAAACCCAACAGAGUAUUUCUGAUUGUGGCGCCACUGUCGGUGCUUUAUAAUUGGAAGGAUGAGCUGGAUACCUGGGGUCACUUCCAGUGUGUGGUGGUCCACGGACUGAGGAAAGAGGAGGAGCUAGCUCGCAUCAGGAAGGGACGCGUCGAGAUCGCCCUCACCACCUACGAGACUCUCCGCCUCUGUCUGGACCAGUUCAAUAGCGUGGACUGGUCUGCUGUGAUUGUUGAUGAAGCCCACAAGAUAAAGAAUCCAAACUCUCAGAUCACCCAGGCCAUGAAGGACCUGAAAUGUCAGGUCAGAAUUGGCCUCACUGGCACCAUCUUACAGAACAACCUUGAGGAGCUCUGGUGUGUCAUGGACUGGGCCAUACCUGGCUGUCUUGGCAGCUUAGGGCAUUUCAAGAGCAGGUUUUCAGAUCCGAUUGAAAAAGGACAGAGGUACAGUGCAACCAAGCGAGCCCUGGCUACAGGGAGGAAGACUGUCCGAGCCCUAGUGAGGAAGAUUUCCUGCUGGUUCCUCAGAAGGACUAAAACUCUCAUCAAAGAUCAGCUGCCUAAGAAGAAUGACAGGGUGGUGUAUUGCUCUCUGACAGACUUCCAGCAGACAGUGUAUCAGACCGUGCUGGACUCUGAAGAUGUGAAACUACUGCUGCGCUCCUCUGAGAAAUGUGACUGUGAGAGUGGACGCAGCCGCAGGAGCUGCUGCUAUCAAACAAACUCUGAGGGUGUGGAGAUGAAGACGCUGUACUUCAGUUACUUGGCAAUAUUGAGGAAGGUUUCCAACCAUGUUGCACUGCUGCAGUCCACUGCAGGCACCAGCAAAAACCAGGAAAAGUAUGUGAAGGUGAUUUGUGAGAAGGUAUUCCAAAAGUUUCCAGACUUUGUGCAGAGAUGCAAGGAGGAAGCAUUUGAGGCCAUGUCAGACCCCAUGUACAGCGGGAAAAUGAAGGUUCUGCAGAAGCUGCUGAAUUAUUAUAUGCAGAGGAAAGACAAAGUGCUUCUUUUUUCUCUCUCGACUAAGCUUUUAGAUGUGCUAGAGAACUACUGUAUGGCCGAGGGACUCGACUACAGCAGGUUGGACGGUGCCACCAAAUCCAAAGAGAGAGUCAAGAUUGUCAAGGACUUCAACAGCUGCCCUCACACUAACCUCUGUCUGGUUUCCACCAUGGCGGGUGGUCUUGGUCUGAACUUUGUAGGAGCCAAUGUGGUCGUGCUAUUUGACCCUACCUGGAACCCAGCCAAUGACCUGCAGGCUAUUGAUCGGGCAUAUCGUAUUGGCCAGUACAGAGAUGUGACUGUUCUCCGACUGAUCUCAUUGGGGACAGUGGAGGAAGUUAUCUACCUCAGACAAGUUUACAAACAGCAAUUGCAGUGUUCGGUGGUGGGUAAGGAGAGUGCCCGGCGGUACUUUGAGGCAGUGCAGGGGUCUGAUGGCCAUAAGGGGGAGCUGUUUGGGAUCAAGAAUCUCUUCAGGCUGCAGACCAAGGGGACCUGCCUCACGCGCAAGAUACUCGAGCGAGAAGGGCAAGUGGAGGCCGGCUUAAUGACAACCAGCACACACAUAGGCGAAGAGAAGGAGGAGGAGAGGAAGAGAGUUAGCGAAGGAGGAGAGACUUCAACUACAAAAGCUCCUAAACUGAAUGAUGACACAGCUAAGGAGAACAGAGAUGCAUCAGAGAUCUCCAGAGGGGUGCUGGACUUCAGCAGUGGGAGUGAAGAUGAUGAAGAGGGGCAGGGGGCUAGGAGGAGGGCCUCAGACCCCAGUGCAGUGAAUGGCACCGGGGAUGGGAAUACUUCUACUGCAUCUGGUCGGAUGAGUCUGCUCCAGCACGGUUUCUCCAGGCUGCUUCAGCAGGUUGAAAUGAAACCAGGGUCAGUGGAUGGGGACAGUAGUCAGAGUGAAGGAGAUUCCAUGGAAGGAAGCAUUUCUGAAGAGGACAGGGAGGAUUUAGGGAACACAGGGAAGAGGGAGGGCAUGCCCUCUGGCAUCAACAAGAGCUCUGGUACACCUGGAAUUGGGACAGCCCAUGAUUCUAAUUCAAGAACAAAUAACUUGGACAUCCCCAGUAGCUCAGAGCAAGAAGGAGCUCAAGGAAAACAGGAUCGGGGUUAUUUGGAAAAGAGUGAUGACACUUGGAGAGAAAGACCUGGCCAGAAAGAAUGGAUAAAGAGGAAAACAAUAGUGAAUGAGGAAAGUGAUGAAAACUCAGAGUCAGACAUAGUGAAACCUAACAAGGCCAAAACUACACUUCCUAGAGUGCACCAGUUUGAGAGUUAUUCUGAUGAGUCUGAGGACUUGGACAUAGAGGCAAUGACUCGGCCCAUGAUGGAUGGUUUAAAUUCACGAGGGAGAGGGGGAAACAGAGGGAGAGAGAGGUCUAGCAGCAAUAGAAAGAGGAAAAACACUGCUACUACAAGGAAUCAAGCCAGGACCAAAUAUUCUGAGAACAUAGAGGCAUUCACCUCUUCAGAGGAAGAAUACACUCCUGUGAAGAGAGAGUCUAGAGGCUGCCAUUUCACAUCACCGCGGACAGAAGGAUUCAGACAUAAUGUGCCAGGACAAUUGAAAGAAGGAAGGCCAGGCAUAGCUGUGACAACAGACAGAGCAUGCACUGAGAGAAAACCAGAGAGGCCUUCAGCUGUUUCAUUUACAGCGCUGGAAACUCACCAGGCCACCCCAAUAACCAAAGGAGUGGAUGCAACCAUUGACAGUGUAUUAGGUGGUGUAAAGGAGGUGGCAUAUACCCACUCUAACCAGCGUGUGGUGGGUGGGAGCAAGGCAGAAGAGCGAAUGACUAGAGCCGCUGUCCGAGACGUGUUUCAGCGCAAGAUGUACUCUCAGAUACCAGCGAAUCUUCUUGUAGGCACCCAGGAGGACCUGUCGCAGAGCCCACCUAACAGCCCGCCCCACCCUGCUGCUGUUAGGCUACAGAGGCCCAGUGUGGACCACCCUGUCACAUUCACUAGCAAGACUGUCCACCACACCAGAAACACCUCCUUCAUCAUUGGAGAGACUCCACGGGCUGUAUGCAGGCAGCAGCUGGAGGAGAUGGCGACAAAGUUCAGUUCAUCCUCAGUCAGUCAGUUUGCAGAGGAAGUUCUGAGAAGCAGCUCAGCCCAGAGACUGACCUGGCUACGACAGUAUUACACCUCACUGAACCACCCCGAUCUGACCAGUAUAAUCACAAACAACUUCCCGCAACCUGAUUCAGCCCAGCCUGAGAGCACUACACAUCUCCCCUCUCCUUUAACUGGCACGUCCUCGUCGUCCUCCCCAUCCAGCAAAAGAAUCCCUCUUAGAGCUGCUACAGGACCUCACAGUGAGGCUAGAAUCCUACCAAACAAUGCUCCACAACCGCACAGAAAGCCUAGAUACGCACAAAAGAAUGCUCCAGAACACCAGAGAAAGCCUAGAACCCCGCAAAACAAUGUCGCAGGACCCCAAAAGAAGCAUAGAAUCCCUCAAUGUAAUGUUCCAGAACCUCAGAAAAAGCCUAGAAUCCCACAAAAGAAUGUUCUAGAGCCCCUGAGUGAUGUUCCAAGCCCUGAGUCAGAGGAGCAGGAAGAGUCGGUCUGCAAUGCCAGAGGACAUAACAGGACAAAGAGGGCUAGUGUUUCCAGUUCUGGAGCCCUCAAAGCUGGUGGUGGUCUUGGCUCGCAUCAGGCCAGCAGCAGUGGUCUGGGGCCCGGGGAGGCUGCUGCUUUCCCGGACCACAGAGACAGAGAUACCCCUUCUUCUCCGGAUCUCAGCCAUGGCUGGUCCACCACACCAUCCAAACCCACAGUGCAGCGAAGGGAGCGAGAGCCGAAAAGCUCUUCCAGAACUAGUGAGCCUGUUACAGAACAGGGAGAAAAUCCUCAGCCCCCAUCUCUUCCCAGAAAGGCUCCAUCUACCUCCAGCCAUCAUUCCCUCUUCACAGAGCUAAUAGGAGACACUUCCAUUCUCGAUGACUUAUUAAGACCUAAACCCAGGGCUCCCCGGCAGAGUGGUUCCCCAAAAACACCCCCUUCAUUUGUAAGCUCAGGUCCCACCUCAGCUUCUCCAUGUAGAGUUGGUCUCGCUACUAAUUCUGGUGCAGAAAAAAUCACACAGUCCCUGUCCUUGCCAAGCUCACACACACCACCUACGCACCUGGUCACUUCACCCCCUCGGACAUCAAAAGGCAGCCGUAAAGACUUCUGGGACAUCCUAAAUGAAGGGAAUGAAGAGAGUAUCAACAGGUUGACGGACCUGUCGGAAGUGGAGAGGGUUUGUUUGAACACUAACUUCAAAGCUACAAAAUCUGGAGAAGAGGGGAGAGGGAGUGUUGGACUGUGGAAGGCUAAUGAGAAGUUCCUGUGGAAGAAAUAGUUAAGGAGAGGCACAUAGUUGAGUAUAUUAAGAUGAAUUUUUUUUUCUAUUGUGCAAUUAGUUUCUCAGGUAAGUUGCAAAGGAGAAAUACAAAACCAAACACUGAAAGGUGUUUAAGUGAGUAUUUGAAGCAGGAUUGUAAAGUUAAAUAUCCUUAGAUUUUAGGGUAUUUUAUAUAAUUUUAUAUUUUUACAGCAACUUUUUUUCUAUCAAUUUUCCAUAAAUGUAUUUAAAUGUAUUUUUGUUCUUAUUUUAUUCUUGAAUGUGUUUAUAUGGCCAAGUUGAACAUGUUCUGUGUUAACUGGAUAAGAAAAUUACAUGGCGAUGACUGUAACUUGAAUAAACACCAUCAACCUGACAAUUUUGUGAAAAUUCUUUUAUUCAGUUUUCACACAGAAUGGUUUGUUGCUUUUUUUGUACAUUUUUGACUGACUACACAGAACUCGGGAGAGAAAACUUUACUUUUCUUGAAAAAAAAAAAAAAAAAAAACUGUUGCCAUUUUGUAAACCCCAUACUGCAUUUAGACCUUUGAAAUGCACAGUAUCAUG